CUUAAAAAUGUUCAAAUCAAUAAUUGUUUUGUUUGCACUUGUUGCUACAAUCAGCAUGGCUGCACCAGCACCAGAACCAAAACCACAUUAUUUGGCUUCAUCAUACGUUGGAGUACCAGCAGCAACAAGCUAUUCAAACUCAUACAAAGUUGACUCAGCUCAAGUUGUUCAUGUUGCACCAGCUGUUCAAGUUGCACCAUCAGUUGCUGUACAAAGUGUUGCUGCAGUUCCAGUUGCCACAAGUUACUCAAACUCAUACAAAGUUGAUUCUGCACCAACUGUAGCUGUUCAGUCUGUACCAACAGUUGCUGUACAAAGUACUGUUGCCGCAGUACCAGUUGCAACCAGUUACUCAAACUCAUACAAAGUUGACUCUGAACCAACUGUAGCUGUUCAUGCUGUUCAUGCUGCACCAGUUGCAACUAGCUACUCAAACUCAUACAAGGUUGAUUCUACACCUGCACAUCAUGUUGUUGCUUAUUCAACUCCAAUUGUACAAGCUGCACCAGUUGCUUUGGCUUCUCCAUCAAUUCAUAUCACAGCACCAAUUUGGUAAUAUGGAAAAGUAUUAUAAAA